AAAAGGCGGGAACUUGAAAGGCAGGGAAUGUGUUCGGGAAAAGACUACAUUUCCCAUGAGGCUCUGCUCUACCGCGUCCCGAGAGGCCCUGCGCGAUCUAGGCGCCAGCUUUGGCCUCAGGCCGGGAGCCACAGAAUCGCGGCGUUAGAAUGGAGGGCAGGGACGGGGCGACUGUUGAGAAGCACCGCGUCCACUUGCGCCCCGCCACGCUGCGCGACGCCGCCCCCGCCACGCUGCACCUACUGCCCUGCGAAAUCUCGGUGAACCGGCCCGCCCCAGUGGAGCGCUUCUUCACGCCCGCCAUCCGCCGAGGGCCUGACGGACUCGAAGUGUCGUUUCGGGGUCGCCGUCUGCGAGGCGAAGACGUGAUGGUACCAUCCGGCCUCGUGGGAUACGUGAUGACGAUGGAAGAGAAGGGCGAAGUGUUGAUGGGAAAGCAGGAGGCGCUGGAGCGAGACUCCGACUGCUUUAUGGAGGCCACCGCCAGUUUCAAUCGCUUCACCCUGUGGGGCCUUGAGGCCAUCCCAGGCUCAGAUGCCAAAAUGCGUGGGGCUUUAACCUGGCCCAGCCUCGCAGCAGCGAUUCACUCCCAGGUGCCAGAGGACUGAGAACCAGAGCUUGACACCAAAAGCCACUGAUAUCUCCACACCAGUAAACCAGCUCAAGUUGGAGCCACUGAUUCCAUCAUCCCAAUAAAUGAGCUCUUCACAGCA